AUGAAACGUGAGAUUGAAGAAAUCAAAACAGACUUUGAAAAAUUUAAACCGCUUCUGAACAAUAAGAUGUAUAGCGAUAUUGGAUUUCUUUUCGACUAUGAAAAAUAUCCAGCACAUAAGCUGGUCCUAGCUGUAAACAGCAUAUUUUAUCAAACACAAUUUUCUCGACAGGAUUCGAUAUCGGAAAUAAAAGUCGACGAUAUAAAUCCUAAAGUGUUUUAUGAAUUACUGAUAUUCAUGUACACAGGAACGGUGGAAUACAUGGAUGAAAUAACGUGCCGACUUUUCAAUUUCGCCGUUAAAUAUGGGGUGUUGGAUUUGGAUAAACUAUUGAUGAGUAUCCCGAAGGUGAAUUUGAGUAUUGAAAAUGUGAUUUCUAAUUUUCUAGACUCUCAAGAUGAUUACAUGCAAGGAAUAUUUUUCGUAUUCAUCGUAAAAAACAUUGAAACCAUUAUGACAUUGGGAAAGUUCACAGAAUUAUUAAGGAUAGCACCAGAAUUUCUUUCAGAUAUUUUAGUAGAGGUUUCUCUUUUCCUGAAAUCUCAUAAGAAAGACGAAAGUUGGCAGAUAAGUAAAAAUCUUCACGAACGAUGA